UUAUUGAUUUGUUUUACGCGAUAUUUUUCGUUCUUGACACGAGUAAGGAUGAUCUUGGGUUUUUUUGGAAUGUGGUGAAAUGGUGAUGAUUUGUUGGAGAAGAUUAUUUGUAUCUAGUUGAUACUCUGGUAAGAUAUUAUGAUUUUGGUUUUUGUCUUGGAUAUUGUGAAAAUAUUGCUAGUUUUAAUGACUUGGCAGCGGCAGAACCAGGAUUUUGGGACGCACGUGACUUGAAUUUUUUUAUAUAUAUAUAUAUGGCUUAGCAGGCCUAAAUUUUUUUAGAUUUUUGAAGAUCGGUUGGAUUCGAUUUUUUUUGAAAGAAAAGAAAAUCGACCGGGUUAGGGUUUAGGUUAGCCCCUUGAUUUCGCCGUCCGCCGCAUAUCACUAUGUAUCAGAAGCUAUUAGCCCACAUAAUGGAGGAUAUGCCGAUCAAGAAGAGGAGAUUCUGGAAGCAUUUUGUAUCACCACCACCUCAGGCGUGUUCACGGACACCUAAAGAGGCCAACCCCUUUGAAGCUGACCAGGUUUUAAAAGGUACAUUUCCUGCGAGUCAGAAAUCGCAUUCUGAAUUUGGGAUCAUCCAUGGGUCUGUUGCAGUUACAUCUGCAGAUGGUCCUAGUGAGGCCGGAAAUGCAAGAGCUGCACAGGCACCGGAUGCUGUUGUGACAAAGGGCAAAACUCUGGCAUCAAUUGAACCUGAAAGUUUGGUUAAAAAGAAAUCAGAAGAUAGCAAGAACUUAUCUGUUCAGGUUGAUUCCUUUACUUCGUUGAAUGAUAUUCAUAGCGGUAAAAAUGAUCUAGCAUUGGGGAAUUCUAUCCCUUUGAAAAUCAAUAGACUACAUUGGGAUCUUAACAUUAUGAUGGAUGAAUGGGAGAAACCCAAUGCUGAAAACGUCAAUCAGCAGAUGGGCAAUACAGAAGAUGUGACUAAUAAUGGGAUACAGAACGAGAAGGCUGCAUCUGAUCCGGUCAGUAUUCCAAAGCUAGAAACCCCCUCGUCCGUGCUUAAUGAGACUAAAGGUCCUGAUUCUAAGAGGACUGUGUUGCAAGUAUCCUCUGGGCUCAUGAAAACAGAAAAAACAAGUGAUGUGUUUAAAACUCAAGAUCCUGCUGUUGUUAUUGACAUGAAUGAGCUUAAUAACAACGUCCAUUUGGAUCAUUCUAUAUGUACACAUACUGAACAAAAGAAUAGUACUGCUGACAUACCUGUUCAACAUGAUAAAGAUAUGUCCAGAACACCUGCAACAGGGCUUUGCAAAUUGUCAUCACAAAGUGAUACUACUGAGAAGAGUGAUUCUGUUUCAUUUGGCAUGCCAAUUGAAGGUAAGCGUACAUGUUAUGUAGAUCGUAUGAAAAAUGAUGGCAGUGCUGAUUUCAAAAGAAAUUCAGGGAAGGACCCUAGGCUUACUUCUGAAGAUCUUUCAUCUGGUUGCAACAACUCGAAUGUCUCUGGGAAUAAUACAGGUCAUGUGGUUAGUAUGGAAUGCAUGAGCAACCUACAAGCAGGUUAUGAUUCUCCCAUGGAAGAUGGGGAACUAAGAGACCCUGAUGCAUAUAGCUGGAAGAAUAAUGAUGUCAACUUCUCAGAAACUGGACAGCUGGAGAAUGGAGUGGUUAGUACAAAUUUUAAGGAUGCUUUUGAAAAUAAUUUCAAGAAUGGUCAUCAGUUUUGUGAUUAUCAAGACGAUGCCAAUGCAAAAGGACAAGAUGGUGAAAUUGAUGACAAUGGUUCACAAACAAGGGGGUUCCGAGCAAGGAAAUACAGAAAGCUAUCAUCACAUGAUAAAAGUCCAUAUAAUGGUAGCAUAAAGAGAAAGAGUUUUGCAUUGAUGCAGCACCAGAGGAAAACUGAGAACAAGGGUUAUGAGGUUGACUUUCCGCUCACCUGUCAUGAAUCAAGAAGCAUUAAUCCUCAUACUUAUCAUAAUUCAAAGGAUCGCUACCAUUCCAGGCUAAGACGUGUGGAUUCUGGCCCACCUGCUAGGGGCAGUGAAAUGAGCUUGUAUGAUAAAAAGCCAUUUCCAGAUAAAUUCUCAAAUGAAAUUUAUAGGCCCUCCACUAGAAAGCGAUUUCCAGCUGAUAGAGAUGAUUCGUAUGAGAACUACAGGGGAUCUCCUUUCCCAAGAGGCAAAAACAAACGUAAAAAAAACAAAAAGUCUGGUAUGCAACGUGGUAUCAUAGCGCCGAAGGAGAAGGAAGGAUACAAUGAACGCUUUCCUGAGAAGUUUUCAAGCAGUAGAGACCAUAAAUCCUCUACCAAUUUUGUUCAUGAUGUGCAUAUGAACAGACUCUACAGGAAGUCACAAUCAGAAUCUUCUCUGUGCUCCGCUACCCAUGUCUUGAAUGGACAGGACCGAAGACCUUCUGACAGAGUGUCCAGGCACAGCCAAUGGCAGGAGAACAACCAGGUAGAGUUUUCCAGAAGAUUGAAGCCAGAUGAUAACUUACGUUCCUUAGCAAUGCAGGGAGUAAAGUCAUUGGUGGUUACUAAUGAUAGGAAAUAGUUUCGCGAACAGUGAUACUGAGAGAAGUAGACAUGAUGGUAAUUUUAAGAGUCUUAACAACAUUAGUUUGAGUCUUGGAGGAGAAUGUUCUGCCAGAACCAGGGGCAGAGGAGAUGAAAGCCAUUGUCGGUUGACUUCUUAUACAUGUACCAUCUGCUAGUUUAUAUCAUAUUGGGGAAUUUAGGGGGCUGUUGCAUAAGAUUUUUUCAGACUUGAUCGUCAAAAUUCUAUGCAAAAGGUACUCUCUGUCCUUUCUUUUAACUUCCGAGAGAGAGAUCAGGCAAACUAGCCGUUGCUCUCCUUGGUUGUGCCUUCAUGUUCAAAGCAUGACUAUUAAACCUUUGCUUUCUUCGGAUUUCUUUAUCUUUGGAUUUCUUUAUCAGUAGUACUUUUCGUUCUUG